AUGUCGUUGGUGGUUGCAGGGUUGGGGAAGAAGGGGAGAGGGGUGUAUUCCGUGGGAUCCAUCAAAUGGCCAAGGAGCCCAAAUGCUCAGGUCAUGACUUUAUCAAAGGACUCGCACGAGAACAGGUGUUUGAUCUGGGUGCACAUUGAGCAUAGCAACUGGAUGAUGCUGAGGUCUCUCCGUAGGUUUAUAUGCACCGGACCCUUUGCACCUCUCGUGGGGGCUACGGUGAGAUGGUUGCAAGAGGGUUGGGGAGAGGAAGAAGAGAAGAGGAAUGGGGGA